AUGUCAUCAGAAAGGGUUUUAAAUUAUUCAGCACCAUUCAAGUCAUUUUUAGAUACUUCUUUUUUCCAGGAACUAUCUAGACUGAAGCUCGAUGUUCUGAAAUUGGACUCAACGUGCCAACCGCUUGUUGUGAAUCUGGAUCUUCAUAAUAUUCCUAAGUCCUCCGAUCAAGUUCCGCUAUUCUUGACUAAUCGAAGUUUUGAAAAGCAUAAUAACAGGUCUGAUGAUGAAGUGCCCGUAAGAGGAAAGAUAUACAAUUUCAAUGUAUUAGACGAAUUCAAAAAUCUGGACAAACAACAAUUUCUGCACCAAAGAGCUUUGGAAUGCUGGGAAGAUGGACUAGAGGAUAUAAAUAAGUGUGUUUCCUUCGUGAUUAUUAGUUUUGCUGACCUGAAAAGGUACAGGUUUUAUUAUUGGCUAGGUGUUCCCUGUUUCCAAAGACCUUCUUCAACCGUUGUUUAUGUGCAGGGAGAAGGAGACUCAAACCAUGUUUGGAAAACAUAUCAAGAGUGGUUUGAUACCAAUUAUUCAAAAUGGGUGUGCAUACUGAAUGAAGACAAUGACAUCAUAAAUUAUAAUAAAGAUAUUUUCGGAAAGACUAAAGUCCUAGCGGUGAGAGAUACAAGUACGAUGGAAAACACUCCUUCUGCAUUGACGAAAAAUUUUUUAAGUGUGUUACAGCAUGACAUUCCCCAUUUGACAGAUUUUAAGUUGCUAGUUAUUAGACAGCAUAAGGGAAGUUUUGCUUUGAACGUUACAUUCGCCUCCCGUGGCGUACAGUCUUUAUCGACCAACCCAGAUAUGAAAGUUGCUGGAUGGGAAAAGAAUAUUCAAGGAAAGCUGACCCCACGCGUUGUUGAUUUGGGUUCUUUACUAGAUCCUUUAAAGAUUGCUGAUCAAUCCGUAGAUCUGAAUCUGAAACUAAUGAAAUGGAGAAUUGUUCCUGAUUUAAACUUAGAUAUAAUCAAAGAUACAAAAGUUCUAUUACUGGGUGCUGGUACGUUAGGUUGCUAUGUAUCACGUGCACUAAUGGCGUGGGGCGUUAGAAAGAUAACGUUUGUCGAUAGUGGUACAGUUUCUUAUUCAAAUCCUGUAAGACAAGCAUUAUACAAUUUUGACGAUUGUGGAAAACCAAAAUCAGAGGCUGCAGCUGCUUCUCUGAAAAGAAUAUUUCCGUUAAUGGAUGCUUCAGGUGUUACACUAAACAUUCCGAUGAUUGGUCACAAAUUGGUAAAUGAGGAAAGUCAACACGAGGACUUUAAUAAGUUAAGAGGUUUAAUAAAGAAGCACGACGUUAUAUUCCUAUUAGUAGAUUCCCGAGAAAGUAGAUGGUUGCCUUCGUUAUUGGGUAAUAUAGAAGAUAAAAUUGUCAUUAAUGCUGCUUUGGGGUUCGAUAGUUAUCUGGUUAUGAGGCACGGGAGUAGAAAUGAAGAGCCUUUGAAGCAACUAGGCUGCUACUUCUGUCAUGAUGUUGUAGCGCCGACUGACAGCUUGACUGAUCGGACGUUGGAUCAGAUGUGUACAGUAACUAGGCCAGGCGUUGCAAUGAUGGCAUCUUCUUUGGCCGUUGAAUUGAUGACUUCUUUGCUGCAAAUCAAAAACUCGGGUUCAGAUACGACUGUUUUAGGGGAAAUACCUCAUCAAAUACGUGGAUUCUUGAAUAAUUUUUCUACUUUAAAAUUAGAAACUCCGGCGUAUGAGCAUUGUCCAGCAUGCAGCCCUAAAGUCAUAGAAGCAUUUACAGAGUCGGAGUGGGAAUUUGUAAAGAAAGCGUUAAAUGAUCCGUUAUACCUUGAAGAAAUUAGCGGUCUGACGCUUAUAAAACAAGAAGUUGAACAGUUAGGUAAUGACGUUUUUGAGUGGGAAGGUGACGAAUCCGAUGAAAUGAAAUAA